AUGGAUUAUCUCAACGCAUCUGUGGGCCCGGCCAAUAUGGAACUCCUCCAUGGGUGCUGCCGCGAGGCUCAACAAGCUGAUUUUGUGGCCUUUGGUCUUCAGGGCCUGCAGAGCUCAUUAUCGGAGCCAUUGCGGCCCAUGAUGGUGACCCUUUUGGAAGAGAUCAGAAGAUCGGGACGGCUCCUGCGUGACUUGGCGGACAAGGCUCAGCUACAUGUCUCGAGGGUGCCCGUCAUGCUGAAUUAUCUGAACAUCAUCAUGCCAUGCUUCUCCAAAAGCCUGAAGGAUAUCACGUCUUACUACGAGAACAAGGCUAUAUCGAGGGAGAACCGCUGGCGGAAGAUGUACCAUGAGAUGGGCAAGGAGGCAUCGAAUCUCCCGCUCCCCCAGCGCUUCAUGCUCUACAACCACUUCCUCGAUCAGCUCGGACAUCUGCUGGCACGCUCGCCAGACUUUGACCCAAACACCCUCGAGCUCCUCCAGACCCAGAUCCUGAAACUUCGAGACAAGCGCGGCAUCCCCCCACCAGCGGCCCAAUCGAGCCUCGUCGUGAUCCCGCCAACCAGCCUCGUCCUCCCCUACACCCCGGAGCGCCCUAUCCACUGGGCUGAGGACAUCUUCUCGCGGCCCCUGGCGUCGCGCACGCCGCUCAAGCACCUGAAGCCCUCCGAGACCUUCCGGCCCUUCUCGGCCGUGGGCGAGCUGCACAUGCCGCGCAACCUGCAGACGCUCUUCAAGCGGCCCUUUGACAACGACCGCAUCUCGGUCACCGUCUUCCUCGACACGAGCGACAACUCAGCCUACCUGUUUGCGCGCUCGCUGCACUUUGGCACGCCCUGGUUCUCGCUCAAGGGCGCGCACGAGCUGUGCAUCUCGCGCGAGAGCGCGGCGCUGGUGCUCAAGCGCUGGUCCGCGAGCAUGCAGCGCUCGACGCCCUGGGCCGUGCUCUACUUUUUGACGUGGGAGGAGAUGGUGCUCUUCCACUGCGCCUUCGUGGCGCUCAAGCGCAACUCGGCGCGCAGCUUCGACCUGCACCCGGACGAGUUCCGGCUCGAGGGCGAGCGGCGGCUGUUCCAGGCGCGCAUCAACGACGACGGCUACGAGCACUCGCUCAUCGUGUACCGCGACGCCGAGACCCGGGGCCUGCGCCUGCACGCGGCCGUCUGGGACGGCGACCUGCGCCGGUGCCCCGUCUGGACGGCCUUUGUCACGCACCAGAGCCAGAGGAGCCAUCCGGCGUGGCUGUCCCGCAGGGGCCGGCGCCGCGUGCUCCUGUCGGACGUGCAGCUGUACGUCUUCUGCGCCGACUACCGCCAGGAGACGAUGCGGCGGCACAGCAGCAAGGGCGGCGGCGGCGGCGGCGCGUUCGAGCUCAACUUCCAGAGCGAGGAGGCGGCCGCGCGGUUCAAGGAGGUGUUUGACCCGUUUAUGUCGGUGGCCUCGAGCGAGGCUACGGGCGCGGAAGGUGGAGGUGGCGGCGGCGGCGGCGAGGGUGGAGGAGGGUGA